AUGGCGACUCUCCAGUCUUUGUUUGCGCUGAUGGUAUUGGUGACUAUCUGCAGUGCUGCACCUAAAAAACCAACCCUAAAAAUUCCCGAAGAAUGUAAAGGGAAAGGUUUUUGUUCAAUUAAACCAGAGGGAUACGAUGAGAUGCAAGCUGAGGUCAACAAACUUUUGAAUAAUCAAUUUAUUGCUCAAAACUUUGCUGAUCGGAUCGGAGAUGAUGUCGAGAUGGGAACGGUAGAAAUUUCUCCUGAGAGCGACUGGCAUAACUGCCCUACCAGAAAGAAGCGUGAGCCGAUGUAUGCCUACAGUCAUCCCAAUGACACGGAAUCAGCAGACUACAUUAUCCAAAAUGAUAUGAUUCAGCAGCCCGUCGACAUCGUCUCUUGCGCGAAUGAUUUAAUUAGCAAAGAGAACUCUGAGAAGGAAGAAUGCUUCCAGCACUUUGGAUUAAGUUCCUUUAAUUAUAAAUCAAAAUGCGAGACAUCAUACACUUUCCGCAACUAUUUUGUCUACGAUUAUAAUAAAAAACAAAUUGUUAUUAAGUCCUACGAAGUACCUUGUUGCUGCACUUGUAAGAUUAGUAGCUCUCAGUAA